AUGUCUUGUAAUGGAACCUGCCUCCAGGGUUGCUGCUGUGGCAUUCCCACGGAUCCAGCCACCACCAUCUGCUCCUCCGACAAAUGCUGCCAGUGCGGAGUCUGCCUGCCCAGCACCUGCCCCCAUGAGAUCAGCCUUCUUCAGCCCAUCUGCUGCGACUGCUGCCCUCCCCCCUGUUGUGUGCCUGAUGCCUAUGUGCCAACAUGCUGGCUGCUCAACUCCUGCCAAUCCACCCCCAACCUGUGUGGCAUUUCAGUGACCACAUGCAUUCAGCCCUGUGCGUGUGAACCAUCUUGCUGCUAG